GGUUUGGUCAGCUGACAGGGAAGGUGGGUCAUGUGACUACCCAGACAAAGUGGCUGUUGAGCUGACCGAUAUGUCGACACGGUGUUUGUAGUCUGUGCUUGGAGGCGUUCGUGUUGUUGUUUUCCUCAUAAAAUGUUUCCUUAGCGAACACUUGAACUCACAGCCGAUUUGUAAGCUUUUCUUCUAACGUGUGAACAUGUUGGAGGCGGCGCAGCGGCCGGAGGGUGACUCCACCGAGGUGUGUGUGAUCCCAGAGAACCAGCACUGCGGAGCGGUAGCGGACGUCCACAAAGCCCAGCUGCUUCCUGGAGGCUCGCUGCUCGGCUGUCUGGGGGUCCGGGGGCGGCUGGUGGUGUGGGACCCGGCGGACAGAGAGGCCCCGCCGGCCCCCGCGGACGGCUCUUACACGGACUUUUCCUGGGAGGAGGUGACAGUUCGCGGCGGCUGCAGACUGCUGGCUGUUGGAGCUCAGUGUGACCUGAAGCUGCUGCGGGUGGAGGCAGAGCGAUCAGCCUCCAUUUCCCUGCUGCUGGUCUCCGAAUGUCCUGCUGAGCGCCUGCUGCAAACCAUCAGACAGCAGGACCACAGUGUGUGUGAGCUGCAGUCGGUGCGUCUGUUGUCGUUUGCUGCUGGUCGCUGCUGCGUACUGCUGAACUCUGAUUGGCUGCUGCAGCUGCAGUGGCUGCAGACGGAGGAGGAGGAGCUGCUGCAGACGUUGUCCUGCUGCAACGUCCAGCCGACUGACAGCAACAGACACGCUGAUGUCCACCACUGUGUCUGCAGAGACACCCUGUUUGUCCUCAGCUCCACGGGACUCAUAUCUGUGUUUAGCACCUCUGAUGGCAGCCUGCUGGCCAGCGUUGACGUCCCUGCUUAUCUGAGCUCCAGCCUGGCAGACGAUGACCUGGUCUCCUCCUCCUCUGCUUCCUCCUUCUGCCUCCUCCAGGUGUCAGCUGAUCUCAGUACAGCGGUAGCUGUCACUCAGUCUCACACCGCCGUCGCUGUCGACCUCAACCACUACUUCAGGACGUGUUCAGACCACCUGCUGUGUGCCGUCCCCUCCCCUGGCCCUCCUGUGCGGCCCCAGCAGCCCAGAGACCAGGACAGCCUGUCGAGCUCCAGCUGCGGCCUGGUCGCCCUCGGCUCCGCCUUCAGUGCUGACCGCUCCUGGGAAGCUCGUCUGGCCUCCAUGUACAGCAGGGCCCAGCAGGCUACAGCUCCCUCCUCCUCCUCCUCCUCAUCCUCAUCUCAGCCUGCUGGGCCCUCCUGGUCUUCCUCCCUCCACCAUCUGGAGUCCCACCAGGCCCCUUCCUCGGCCCACAGCCGGGUGCCUCGCGGUGGGGCCAUUGGGGUUUUUUCUGUCCCCGAGUCAUCCACUCCGUGUCUUCUCUCCGUGUCGGAGUUCUCCGCCCAGCUGACCUUCGUCUCCCCCGGCAACAAGCACACCACGGUGGCCUUGUGGGAUUUUGAGUCUGGGAGCGUGAUGUACCACCAGACGGAGGGUGAGGCGGCUCCGGUUCAGCUCUGUGGAGAGGGACAGCACAGACUGCUGCUGAAGAAGACCGGUGUCUUCCACGUCUUGUUCUCAGUGUCCCAGCAGGACUUGCUCAGCAGGCUGAUGCUUUUUGGCAAUGCCGCGACAGUAGACGCUGUCUGUCACCUGAACAGCUGGGGGCGCUGCUCCAUCCCCAUCCACACCCUGCAGGCUGGACUGAAGAACCGUCAGCUGGACACGGUGGAUUUUUACCUGAAGAGUAAAGACAACAUCCUGACCCCUGCAGCCGAUCAGCCAGCGGCCUCCACACUCAGCCUGACGGACAGGGUCCAGGAGUUGUGUCCAGCGUUGGACCUGCUGUGUUUGGCUGUCAGAGAUUCAAACAGUGAAGCUCAGAGCCGACAGUUCUCUGAACAGUUGCUCCACAUCACCAUGAGCUUCGUCAGCACUCAGAUCCGAUCCGUGUUGUCCAACGGGCACCACGAAGAUGCUGAUGUCCACAGCUGUGUGGACGUUCUUGACCGGUACGUCACUGAACUGAGGAGCUACAUGAAGAGAUUCCCCUGGCCUGCAGGGGGCGACACCUCCAGCACCAUGUGUGCUGCUCAGGAGGAGGCUCAGGCAGACGAGUGGGAGCACCUGCAGACAGAGGAAGUGGUCCGUCAGUCCAUCCUGACCAAUCAGAUCCCCAGAGCUCAAGCGGUGCUGCGGAGGCGGAGCCAUCCAGAGCAGCGUCUGUCAGCUCUGAGGAUGGAAGGCCUGCGUCAGGUCUUCUCCUGCCUGCAGCGCCGAGACCUGCAGACCACCAACACACUGCUGACCAACAUGGGUUUCAGCGUGAAGCAGCAGCUCCACAACAUCUGCCUCCACACCAACGACAAGGACCUCAGGGAGUUUGUGGUGGAGGAGCUGUCAGGACGGGGUUAUUUUCCAGAGGAGGAGAUGCAGAGUGUGGUCUUCAUCAGGGAGAUGGAGAAGUUUGGAUCACUGCCUGCAUCCCGCUGCCCUGCAAACACCACAUCGCAGAGGGCGGUUCAGGUGGUCUGUGGGGAGUCGGGUGGUGGUGCGCAGGUCGUUGAGGAGCUGGUGGGACAGAGGAGGUCCGAGGAGGAGGAGGAGGGCCUCUGGAGGAACCUCCGACUGGACUGGGUGAGGAACUGGGACCAGAGCUGCCAGUCGACCAUCCUCCUGUCCAGACUCCACCACACAGAGUUGAGCUCCUGUGACGCGGUGGUGUUGUGGCGUUACCUGACCGCUCUGCACGACCAGCGCCGGGUGGUCGACUGGAUCGACUGGAGCAGGGAGACCUCCGGCGCCUCCCAGUGGUGGCCUGAGUUCACCCCAGAGCUGGUCAACAACAACACGGUGUGCAGCACAUACAUGAGGGAGAACAUCCUGGACCUGCUGGCCAGGAGAGGUGUGUUCAUCCCGGAGGAGCUGGCCGACUUGGAGCAGCUGUUGUGGAGGCUGGCUCAGGGCGGAGGCGUGAUGGCCUCCUCUCCGCCCGUCCCUCAGUGCCGCUCCGCCCUCGGCCUCGACCUCCACAGCCUCUUCAUCAGCUUCUGCCUGGAGCACAGCCUGCAGUACCUGCUGUACGCCUACCUGGAGCACUACAGGCUGACACCCAGAAACUGUCCCCCCUUGACCAAUCAGAGCCUGUCUGAGAGCCAGCCCUGGUUUGAGAUGCUGGUGAAGAUCCAGGAGAUCACCAGAGAUCUGUCAGUGUCUGUUGCUCCAGAUCCAGGGCUGGUGUUCCAGGCCAGUCUAACCAGUGCUCAGGUGCUGUUACCGGGCAGCCAGGCGUCCCUCAGCAGCCUGCUGUUGGAGGGACACAGUCUGCUGGCGCUGGCCGCCGUCAUGUUCGCCCCCGGAGGAAUCGACCAGGUUGUGGUUCAGGGCGAACGGUCGGGCAGAUCGGAAAGGACCGUCGACCCUCAGCUCCUGAAGAUGGCGCUGGCCCCCCACCCCAAACUGAGGGCCGCGCUGUUCCCUGCUGGACCGCGAGGAAACGGUCCAUCCUCCGACGUCUCCGUCUACCACCUCCUGCAGGCGCUCCAUCCUCUGGACGCGUCCAGGUUGUUUGGCUGGCAGGCAGCAAACGCCUUCAGCUCUGCAGAAACGUCAGAGCUGCCUCACUUCUCCAGCCCUCACCUGGUCACCAGGUUCGCUCUGGUGGAGAACCUGGACUUCCUGUAUUAUCUCCGCCAUGGACGACCAUCCUUUGCCUACGCCACCUUCCUCGUCCAGCAGCUGAGCGGCUGCAGUGACGUCGCCGUGCAGCUGCAGCAGGCCUGGCAGCAGGCGUACCGUUUGGCCCUGCAGUGUUUCCACGUGCCGUCUGUGGCGUCAGCGAGCGUUUGUUUCUGUGAGCUGCUGGGACGCUGCAGCCUGAAGCUGAGGGUCGACAUCAAAGCCCUGAACACCAUCCUGCAGCACUGGAACCAACACAACACACACCCUGCUGCAGCACAGCCUCUACACACACUGGUGUCUAAAGGUGUGAAGCUGGCGGAGGCGGGGCCCGGGGUAGCGGAGGAGCUGAUUGGCUGCCUGGAAGCUGCGGUGUCAGACAUCCUGGAGCAGAAGAACAUCUGCAGGUCGUCCUACGAGGCGGCUCAGGAGUGGGCGUUACCCGUCCAGUUCUGUCAGCUCCACUGCCUGAAGCUCAGCUCUGUUUAUCCCUCCCACUGCGCUGAUGACGGACAGUUCGUCCACUUCCUGUUGUUUGUCCAGCUGCACAACUUUCCUCCCCAGCAGGUGAGGUCCUUGGCCAGUGGGUUUGGUCCCGCCCUGCAAGCCCACCUGAGUCUGGCCUUUCAGGACCUGCAGGUGUACAGUCAGAGUAGGAGCUGUGGCUCUCUGAGCUCUGAGCAGGCCCCUGGAAGCUCGGAGCUCCCCACGGAGCUGUUCCAGGUCCUGCUGCAGAGCCAGGAGGAGGCGGCGCCCUGCAGGUACCUGCUGCAGGAGGCGCUGCUGCAGCGCUGCCCAACACUGGCUGUAAUGGCUGCCUGUCAGCAGGGGGCGGAGCUGCUGCCCUGCCUGUGUGUGUGGGUGCUGACCUCCGUUGACAAUGUCGCAGCUGCCGAAGCCACGUCCCACCUGGUCGAAGCCUGCCAGCACCACGAGUGGACCCUGCAUGACCUGUCAAUCAUCUGGAGGACGCUGCUGGGACGGGGCCACAUCAGGCCUCUGCUGCGAGGCUUCGAGCUCUUCCAGAGGGACUGUCCUCUGGUGUUGGUCUUGAGGAUGUUUGAGUUGUGUUGUGACUACAGGAACUUCUCUGAGGCCAAAGAGAAGCUGCUGGACUUUCAGAGGACCCUCAUCACUCUGAGAAACAGUUGUCCAGCGCCCUCCAGUGGCCUCCCGCUGCAGUGGGUGGAGAGCCAGGCCUCUGUUCUGCUCCUCAGCAUGCUGCAGCGCUGCUCCUCCCAAUACGACCUCCACCGCCUGCUGCAGCUGCUGGCCGACGUGGACAAGUUCCUCAAAUCAAACGGUCCGGACUUCAGGAAGCUGAGUCAGCUCAGUCAGCUACUGCAGGGCUCGGAGGUCAGCCUGUCUCCCCGGCUGCUGCGGUGCAGUUCUCCCUCCGUCCAGCAGGAGGAGUUCCAGGCCACAGUGGACGCUCUGCAGAGCAGGGGGCACUACAGCCAGGCCCGGCAGGUCGCUCAGCUGGCCGGUCUGUCCGUCCAGCAUCUGCUGCUCAGUCAGCUUCUCCAGGAGGUAAACUCCCAGAAGUCCAAGCUGCAGUGGAGACGGCUGGAAACACGAGUCGCUUUCUGGAGGAAAUGUCACGAUCAGCUGAAGGCCGACACCACUGACCCAGAAUCAGCUUCCCAGUUCUUCCUGUCCCAGGCUGGAACUGGGACCACAGGUUCCUCGGAGGCUGCAGAGACUCAGACAGAGUGGCUGGACGUCCAGGAACGCUGCCUGCUGCUCUGCCUGGCCGCUCACUGGCUCUCCCUGCUCAGUCCACCUCCCGUGGACAAGCUGGAAAGCCUGGAGAAAAAGCUGUGGAUCUGCCGGGUCCGACAACACGUCCUCACCGUCGCCAUGGAGAAGGAGAGUGUCUUCAACCUGCCGCCGCCCGCCAUCACACCCGAAAUGAACACUUUUCAAGUGCUCAUGAAGGAGUUCUCCUUGUCCAACAUAUCAGGCCUGAACUCAGAGAAGUGUCUCAGUCUAGAGGGACUCCUGGGUCCCUCGGAGGAGCAGCAGGAGCCGAACGUCGACCUGAGUCCUGAAGAAAGGAGCAUUCUGUCUGUGCUGAUUGGUCAGUUAUUAGACGAAGGAAGCAUUUAUGAAGCCAGCCGGGUCUGCCGAUAUUUCUCCCUGCAUCACCCUGACAUGUGUGUGGUGCUGCGCUGCCGAGGUCUGGCCUCUGGAGAACUGAAAGCUGACCCACAAGAGGAAGCAUCGGAGGUUCAGCCCAGGACCAGCAUCAAAAGCUCUCCCUCCGUCAGCAGCCUCAUGUCUCUCGCGAUGUUCCCCCUCCCUGAUGACGAGGUUGCUGUCCAGCUCCAGAAACUGGUGGAUCAGUGUCACCAUGGCAACAACUACUGCAAACAAGUCCUCAGCCUGUACCAGCUCUCCAAGGAGCUGCAGUGUUCCUUCAGUCAGAUCUGCAGGGAGGAAGCUCGCUCAGUGCUGGAGAAGCUGCUGCUGUGGGACCAGCCGGAGCGCUUCAGGAAGGCUCAGGCCUUCAUCAAAGCUCAGGGUCUCUCAGCAGACUCUGUGGCCGAGCUGGUUUCCUCCACUGUGGUGCAGGCGCUGCUGGCCUCCACCCAGGAGCUGCCGUCUGCAGAGAGGCAGGUGUUCAGGCCGUCGGAGGGCCGGGACUCGCUGGUCCAGCUGAUCAAACUGUGUGACGAUCCGAACCUGGUGGGGCUCAAACUGCUGGAAAACAUCACCGCUGUCCCACUGCGGGAUCUGAACUGCAAGUCCACUUCCUCUCCUGUAGUCGUAGAGCUGCUGAUCGUGGCUCAUGACUGCUUUAGUCUCACCUGUAACAUGGAGGGGAUUGUCAGAGUGCUCCAAGCUGCUCGACACCUCAGCCACACCUACCUCGCUCCAGGAGAGCACUUCAGCCUGCUGGUGCGCCUGCUGACAGGCAUCGGCAGGUAUAAUGAGAUGACAUACGUCUUCGACCUGCUGCACCAGAACCAUCGCUUUGAGAUGCUGCUGAGGAAGAAAAUGGACACGGACAGAGGACAGAGCUCCAGUCUGAAGACAGCCCUGCUGGACUAUAUCAAGCGCUUCCUUCCUGCAGACAGCGAGAAACACAACAUGGUGGCGCUGUUUUUCAGCAUGAGGAGGGAGAUUGGAGAAAACCACGAGAUGGCUGCCAGAACACAGCUGAAGAUGAUUGAGUCUCAGGCGUGGGUCGUCACUCCUGAACUGAAGAGUUUGUUGGUCAAAGUGUUGGAUCUGCUGAAGGACGCUGCGGAGAGCUUCUCCAAGGACUCGUGUGUACGCCAGGCGACUCGCUGUGUUCGGACAGCUAAGCUGGUCGCUCUUCAGCUGCACUUCCUGAACCAGGGUUCUAACCUGCGCAUCAUCAACCUGCGACCUGCGGAGCUGCUUAGCGCCGUUACGUCGCUGCCUCGAUGUUAUCAGGUGUUUGUGGUGUCGGAGGCGUACAGCUACAGUCCGGACUGGGCAGAGAUUUUGUACCAGAAGGUGAUCCUGAACGGAGACUUUUCUUACCUGGAGGAGCUCAAACACCAUCGUCCACUGACCUCCAGCCUGUUCGAGGACAUUUUCGAAAAGCUGGACGGCGCUCCCAGCGGCGUCACUGCCAACGUGAAGCGCCUGCUGACGCACUGUGAUGAUGUGUACAGCCGCUACAGGCUGGCCUACCAGCACAAUCUGUAUGAUGUCACUAAAACGCUGCUGCAGGACGCCAAGACCUCCAGCUACCUGAACGACAAGCUGGCCAGAUGAUGGAUGGACUGACUCACUGACUGAUUGAUGUCCAAUACUUACUUAUGGCAGAAGAACAACCUUUGUCCUUUGCAACUGAUCUUCUGUGGACAUUAAUUCACACGAGGCAGACUGUAACUUGCGUUUCUAUUUUUCUGAAGACAAAUGAAACUCAGUAAAUCUUCACAUCAUGAUAUGAACCUUUACAUUAAAGUCACUUCUUUCUAGACUGUGCUGAUGGAA